AUGAUUUCGUCGGCCGCGUGGAUUGCCCGCGGUGUGGCCGCGCGCCAUCCGACGAAGCACCAGCUGGAUGAGGCUGAGCUGGAGCGCGUGAGCAAGCUGACGAACAUGGAGCUGGGCGAUGCGGAGCGCCAGCUGGCGGCGGCGGAGGCUGCUGCCGCUGCGCGCGGUGAGCGAGCGGCGGACGACGGCUGGGAAGACGUGGACGAGGACGAGGCGAUGGAGGAGGACGAGGCGGAGAGUGCGGACCCCAGCGACCUGAGCCGCUACCGCCUGGACGAGUACGACGAUGAGCCGAGCCAGAGCGUGGCGAUGGGCGCGCUGAGCGGCAUCCGUGGGCUGCAGUACUUCCGCAACAACGACGAGGACCCGUACGUCACGCUGAAGGACGACCCGGCCGACGAGGAGGAGGAGCGCGAGCAGCUGGAGGUGCUCCCCAGCGACAACAUGAUUGUCACGGCGAAGACGGAGGACGAUGUCUCGAUGCUCGAGGUGUACGUGUACUCGGCGGACGACCAGAACUUGUACGUGCACCACGACCUGCUGCUGCCGUCGUUCCCGCUGCACCUCGAGUGGCUCGACUAUGCGCCGGCGCCGGUCGUCGAGAGCCAGACGCGUGCGGCGGGCACACUCGGCAACUUUGUCGCGGUCGGCACGAUGGACCCAGAGAUCGAGAUCUGGGACAUGGACGUGCUGGAAGGCAUGUAUCCUGACGCGGUGCUCGGGCGCAAGGACCUCACGGAGCCGCUGAAUGCGCCGGCUGGCACCGGCAAGAAGAAGCGGCGCCAGCCGAAGGCGCGCGUGCCGAACGCGACGCACCACGUGGAUGCAGUGCUCUCGCUCUCGUGGAACCGGCGCGCGCGCAACAUGCUGGCGUCCGCGUCCGCGGACACGACCGUGAAGCUGUGGGACCUGUCGCGCCCGAUGGCGGGCGCGUCAGCGGCCGCGCUGCGCAGCUUCCACGCGCACACGGACAAGGUCCAGAGCGUCGCGUGGCAGGUCGGCGCGCCGGGCCUCGCAGCCGGCGCAGAGAACCCCGCCCUGCUGCUGACAGGCAGCUACGACAAGACGCUGCGCGUGUUCGACGCGCGGCAGCCGGAGCCGGCGCUGGUCGCGCCGAUCCCGGCAGAUGUGGAGGCCGUGCGGUGGAACGGGUGGAAGGACCACCAGUGCCUCGCUGCGCUCGAGACGGGCGUGGUGCAGGGCUUUGACGCGCGUGUGCUCUCCCACGGUGGGACAGCUGCGCCGCUGUUCACGCUUGUGGCGCACGAUGGCGCCUGCACGGCCCUGGACGUGAGCCCCCACAUCCCAGGCUGCUGGCUGACGGCCGGCACGGACCGGCACGUGAAGCUGUGGAGUGUGGACGACGAGGGCGCCGACACGCCGCGGAGCAUCAACCUCGUUACGGCGCGCGAGCUGGGCAUUGGCAAGCUGUUCACCGCGAGCUUCUCGCCGAACGACCCGCUGACCGUGGCGGCGGCCGGCUCGGCCGGCAAGCUCCACCUGUGGGACACGCUGGCGAGCGCGGGCGUGCGGCGUGCCUUUGGCGACCGCCUGCGGCGCCUCGAUACGUAUGCAUCGCACCACGCGCAGCCCGUCGCGCCGCGCUCCCUCGACGAAGAGGCAGAGCGCGCCGGCGACGUCCAGGUCGACGACGACGCCGAGUCGGACGAGGCGGCAGACGAGUAG